AUGGUGCAGGGCGCGCUGGAGCUGCGUACCAAGGUGGUGGAGGACGUGCUGACGCCGCUGGCUGAUUGCUUCAUGCUCCGUGCUGAUGCCGUGCUGGACUUUGCCACCGUCUCAGAGAUCCUUCGCUCUGGCUACACUCGCAUCCCCGUCUAUGAGGGUGACCGGCGUGACAACAUUGUUGACCUGCUCUUCGUCAAGGACCUGGCCUUUGUUGACCCUGAUGACUGCACCCCCCUGCAGACUGUCACCCGCUUCUACCGCCGCCCACUCCACUGCGUCUUCAACGAUACAGAUCUUAAAGCUGUUUUAGAUCAACUUUGGGGAAAGUCCCACCUGGCCAUCGUGCAGCGAGUGAACAAUGAAGGGGAAGGAGACCCAUUCUACGAGGUCAUGGGCAUUGUCACCCUGGAGGAUGUCAUUGAGGAGAUCAUCAAGUCCGAGAUCCUGGAUGAGACGGAUCUGUACACGGACAAUCGGAAAAAGGAGCGGGUGCCCCACCGGGGACGCAAGCCCCAGGACUUUUCCAUCUUCAGGCUCUCGGACAGCGAGAUGAAGGUGAAGAUCUCCCCGCAGCUCCUGCUGGCUACGCAUCGGUUCAUGGCAACAGAAGUGGAGCCUUUCAAGUCCCCCUACCUCUCCGAGAAGAUCCUGCUGCGGCUCCUGAAACACCCCAACGUCAUCCAGGAGCUCAAGUACGACCGAAAGAACAAGAAGGCGGUGGAGCAUUACCUCUACCAGCGCAACCGCCCUGUCGACUACUUUGUCCUCAUCCUGCAGGGGAAAGUGGCAGUGGAGGUUGGCAAGGAAGGGCUGCGGUUUGAAAACGGGGCAUUCACCUACUAUGGCAUCCCUGCCAUCAUGGCUGUUGUCUCCUCGGGGAAAGAUAAUGACAUGCGGAAAGUGGGCAGCCUGGCUGGAUCCUCCUUCCUAUUGAACAGGUCACCAUCGCGGUGCAGCGGGCUCAACCGCUCCGAGUCCCCCAACCGGGAGCACAACGACUAUGGAGGCAGCACCACGCAGCUCCACAGCAGCAGCAACAACAUCUACACACCCGACUACUCUGUGCACAUCCUCUGCGAUGUGCAGUUUGUCAAGGUGUUCCUGCGCAUGGAGGGCAUCCCCUUCAUCCAGGAGGAGCUGUCUGAUAAUGAGGAGAACAGAAAGCGGCAGAACAGUGAGUGCUGCAGCACUGUCCUGGAGGCAGAGUCCCCAAGCAGAGAGGCUGGAACCAGCUCAUCACCGGGCAGCUCCGAGGAGACGCUGGGCAGGAGGCUGCUGAGAUCCCUCAGUGGGCGCAAGCAGCGGCCAUCGCCAGAAGGUGAGAAGAUGCCAGAGGAGAGCUCCAAUCUCACCCCAUUAAUCACCUGA